UAUGUUUUUGAUUUAACUCUACCGUUGAAUGUGAUGGUGUGAUCAUGUAUGAAAGUUGCCGUUUAAAUGCUUUAUGCCUUUAUGUAGGUUUUAUCCAUGGCUCCCAAUAACGGCUUCGCUAAAGUACAUUACGGUUUUAUAUUGAAAGCAGAGAAUAAGGUUGCUGAAAGCAUUCCCUACUUAAAGGAAGGCUUGGAGUCUGGGGAACCGGGAACGGAUGAUGGACGUUUUUACUUUCACUUGGGGGACGCCAUGCAAAGAGUUGGAGACAAAGAGGCAUACCAGUGGUAUGAGACUGGCCACAAAAGAGGCCAUUUUGCAUCUGUGUGGCAGCGGUCUCUUUACAAUGUCAACGGACUGAAAGCUCAGCCAUGGUGGACUGCAAAAGAAACCGGGUAUACUGACUUAGUGAGGACUUUAGAAGCAAACUGGAAACUGAUCCGUGAUGAGGGGCUUGCAGUGAUGGAUAAAGUUAAAGGCCUCUUUGUUCCCGAGGAUGAAAAUCUAAGAGAAAAGGGAGAUUGGAGUCAAUAUACUUUAUGGCAACAAGGAAGAAAGAAUGAAAAGUCCUGUAACAAUGCCCCCCGAACAUGUAGCUUGUUAGAAAGGUUUCCUGAGUCUACUGGAUGCCGAAGAGGACAGAUCAAAUAUUCAGUAAUGCACCCAGGAACUCAUGUGUGGCCUCACACAGGUCCAACAAAUUGUAGACUCAGGAUGCAUUUAGGAUUGGUUAUCCCAAAGCAAGGGUGUAAAAUCCGUUGUGCCAAUGACACAAGGUCCUGGGAGGAAGGCAAAGUGCUGGUGUUUGAUGAUUCUUUCGAGCACGAAGUAUGGCAGGAUGCCGAUUCUUACCGGCUAAUAUUUAUUGUGGACGUUUGGCACCCAGAGCUCACACCACAUCAACGACGGACCCUACCAGCCAUUUGAUCGAUAUAUGCCAUGGGGGAUAUUUCCCAAGGUCAAAACGCAUGAAGGGAUUAAGGUUUACAGAAAACGACAAUUUCUGUUUCUAAUCUUUUGUUUGUUAAAUACACAAUAUCAAAUGCCAA